AGUGCUUUAUUUAGCAUCCUGUAUAGGAGGACCUGUUUCAGCUGGUAUGGAGCAUGCCCAACCUUCUGGGAGCCACAUUACUAUAGGAGGUAGGGAAAAACAAAAUACCUCAUCAAAAUGAAAAAAAAAACCCUCACCUGUCCCACCCCUUGUUACAAAUGCGCAUGCAUUGAGGAAGGGAGUCCAAGCCAUUUUUGAGGUUUUGUUUUUUUAAAGCAUGCUGUGGCUCUUCCUUGUUGAUGCAAUUUUCCCCUAAUAGUGAGAGUUGACUGGGUUACCUUCUGAACCAAUAAGUGCUUGGUCUUUGAGGUGCAGUUUAGCCUUUGGGUUUGGCUUAUGAACAUCCUAAAUGUUCUCUAAGUCUACCAGCUUCUCUAAGUCACAAAAGGCUUUACCUGGACAGCAUAUUGAUAGUGACCCUUUUGUCCUUUAUCAUUCAGGGCCAUGCCUAAUAUGUGCUAGGUUUUGUACAAAAGUAACAAAGAACAAGUCAUUGUUUACCAGCUUUGCAGUUGAUGUGUAAGUUAUUGGUGAGAACCUACAGAUCACUAGUUCGGUUCCCAGAAGUGGGUCUGCGUUAUUUCUUGAAAGUCUGAAAGCCUUUCUAAGCAAACUGACAACUUCACCUUGCCAGUAGGAGUAUCGUUUGUUAUAAAGCCACCUGAUGUUAGUGUUCACCCUGCAUGUAGAAAGCUAACCAGUUAGUGAUAAAACACUUCUCUGUGAUGAAUAGGUUUGCCAUGUGCACUGCUCUUAAAACAAGCUGUCCCUCUCAUUGCAGUCUUGGGUUUUGUGGGUCCAUGAAGGGGACUAUACCAUAUGCCCUGGCUGGAUGCUUGAAUCACUUACUCUCCACCCCAUAUCGGUGAAACAUAGAAUUCAUUUACCAUGUGAGAAUGUACUGUAUUUUUAUUCUGCCCAUCCUGUCAAGUCACUCUAUUUUAUCCUCAAAACAGUAUAUUAUCCAGAGAGAUUGUGUCUGUGAGCUUUGUGACUCAGCAAAGAUUUGAAUGAUUGUUGCCCUGUUCCAAAUGCAACACUUCCGUUGGACAAGGAUAAACAAAUACUACCCAUGGAAUAUAAAAGCCAGGUCUGAGAGUUUAGUAUCAUAUUCCAGGGUUGCCAUCUGCUGUGUGACAAAGAAAUGUUACUUGGGAAACAGGUCAGGGGGUGGAGUGUGGGAUGGGAAGACAGUUUUUAGGGAUCACCCAUGGAAGGAUAAAUUAUGAGGGGAGAAAAAUGGAGCUUCUUUUCUUUUCCCCACCUGUAAAAAACUUGACACAAUUUUAGCUAAUGGAAAAAAAAUGAAAACACUUAGCUAUAGUAAAUAAAAAAACAUUAAUUCUUAAGUUGCUUAGCAGGUUUUCAAGUUGUUGCUGCUUUUUUUUUGGUUGAAAAUAAAAAUAAAACGCCACCAAACUGGUGAUUGCAUACAUUAAAGGAAGGUUUCUGUGUGAUUGGAAGGAAUCAUUGCAGCAACUGAGCUUCACCACUGAGGCAGAAGACAUAGCUCUGCUGAGAUGACAGAGUUAAUGCUUUCUCAUGCAUUAUUCUUAAACAAAUUAAGCCCAGACAGAGCCACAGCAGCAAUCUCUUGCCAGCAGGAGCAGAUGCUUGGAGGUGAUGUAACUUGUGUUGCUAACUUCAGCCUCUGUACUGACCUCAGUAGUGACUGCAGACAAAGGAUACAUAUAUUUUGAGGAACGAUUAGAGGCUAUGAUGCGGCGAUCCAUGGAAAGAAGUCAGCAGCUGGAGCAGAAACAGAAGAGAUGGUCGUGGGGAGGAGCACUGGCUGCAGGCUCAGGCGACAGAGAUGCAUGUGACAAACUUUCAGCUUCUACAAUGAAUCUGCCAAAGCAAAUGGAGUCGCCUAUCAAUAAGCGCCUCUCCCACUCCACAGCAACAAUAACAUGUUCCCCUGACAGAGCUCAUCGCAUGCACCUUAGUCCAAUGGAAAACUUUAUUAUUUCUCGACUAUUGACUCCCACACAAGCUUCUUUAGCCAGAAGCAGAAGUACAUUAAUGCUUUCUGAGCAAUACAGUGAUUCAGUAUUCCAUAUCUGUCCUCGUGUAGCGCCAGCUAGCCCUCUUAAAUCUCCUUACAAGCCUUCACCCACUCGAAGUAUGGAGAGAAAGAAGGCAGCAUCUGCGUCAACAUCCGAUGCAAUGAAAGGAGCAACUGCAGUAGAAGUGCCACAGAAUGAGAAGAAAAAGAAAGAGAAGCGGCCCACAACCCCCGGCACACCAUCUGGUUUGGGAUCUCCUCUUAGAAGAUCUGACUCUCCAGCAGCCUUGUCCAAGCGAUCAGGUUCACCUGCAACUCCUAAAACACUUACAAAGACUUACCCACAGUCUCCCAAAACUACUAAACAGUUUCCGGCUUCUCCUGUGAAACACCGUGCCACUUCAAAUAUCAACCAAGAAACGCCUAAGAAAAGGGCAGAAAAGCAUAAAGAUCAGCAAAGGGAGACUGCUGGUCAGAAAAACCAAGGGUCACCUGGUGAAGAGGCUGUAAGCCAACAUCUAGCUGAAAAAUCUCUGCCUUCUGCAGGAAAGACCGAGAGCAGUGAAGGGAAACUUGCAGCAGGGACUACUGAUGCUGAAGAAGCUACAAGGAUUUUAGCAGAGAAGAGGCGCCAAGCUCGUCUCCAGAAAGAACAAGAGGAAAAAGAAAAGCAGGAGAGAGAAGAACGUGAAAGGCUAGAGAGAGAAGAGCUGAAAAGAAAGGAAGAAGAAGAGAGGAUUCGCCUGGAAGAAGAGGCUCGCAAGAGAGAGGAGGAAAGAAGGCGUGAAGAGGAAGAAGCUAGGAGAGCAGCAGAGGAGGAAGCUAGGAGGAGAGCGGAAGAAGAAAUCCUGCUAAGGGAAAAACAAGAAAAGGAAUUGCAAGCUAUGAUUGAGAUGCAGAAAGAAGCAGCAGAAGCGAAGGCCCGGGAGGCGGCUGAGCAUCUGCGUCUGGAAAGGGAACAAAUCAUGCAGCAGAUAGAGCAAGAAAGACUGGAGCGAAAGAAGAGAAUAGAUGAAAUAAUGAAAAGGACAAGAAAAAGUGAAACACCAGAAAUCAAGAAGGAAGAUAUUCAGCUGGAUGUGCCAUCAUCUUUAAAUCUGGACAAACAGCCAAAACCACCUGCUAUCAGUCAAUCAGAAAUGAAUGGACUGACAAGCUGCAAAGAUGAUAAAGGCCUGGGAUGUGCUGUGUCUGACUCUUUCCCUCAUGAUGUAUUUUCUAAUGGACUUAAGCCACUUAUGGGCCUUAUUCAGCUGAACCCAAUGGAUGGGAAAUCAAACAGCAUUGAUGAUUCAACAGAUGAAGUUCAGUCUAUGGAUGUGAGUCCUGCUUCAAAAGAAGAGCUUAUAUCUAUUCCUGAGUUUUCACCAUUGAAUGAAAUUAUGCCUGGUGUUUCUUUGGACCAAAAUGGAUCAAAUAAUGGGAAGGCUCUUCAAGAUCUACUAGAUUUUACUGGCCAGGCCACUUACCCAAAAUUAUCAAGUGAAAGUGUCAGCAUAGAUGAUUGUAAUAAAAACUUGAUUGAUGGAUUUAAUAGUCCAGGACAGGAAACAACUCUCAACACCUUGUGUUGACAAACACACUACUACUUAGCAAUAAGAUGGCGUUAUUUGGGAGAAUAUAGACACUUCCAACGC